AUCUUAUCUUCAGUUUUGUUUAGUCUUUUAUUUAAGAAUAGUUUAUUUAGAGAAACACAUUACAUCAUAUUAGGCAUUGUUGUGCUUCCAAUUUAUUGUAUCACGCAAUACAUCUGCAGUUAAUAAUAGUUAAUAAAAACAUUGUAAUAUUUUCAGUUAUUCAUAUUGUUAUAAUUAUGGUGUUAAUCAUAAUUAUGUGGUCAAUAAUAUUUCAAGCAUGUUGUUUAUAUAUAAAAUGAAAUAAAACAAUUAAUAGUUAAUACAUAAAUACAGCGAUUAUUCCAUAGGCACAUAUUAUGUGGACUGAAGUUAUGUUUAAACAACAUUAAUAGAAGUAGGCUUAUGAAAAUGCUUGUGAAAACAGAAGCUUUGUCAGGAAUUUUACUUAUUUCAAAGUCACAUUGUAUCCUAAUUUAAAAAAAAGAUAGGAUGGGAUAGCAAACCAAAUAGAGUUUAUUUUAAAUAAAAGAUUAAAGAUGCCAUAAAUUUAAGAACACCGAUCAUAUCAAAAUCCAUAGCUUUUAGCCCACAUUCUUCAUUGUCUUUUAUAUUUUAACAUUUACUUUAUUAUUUGCUUUAAUCUUACUUGUUGAAAUUGGCAAUGAAAAACCAGAUUAAAUUAACCUUGAUAUGCAGCUGCUUAUCAAUGCUGAUGAUGACGUCACUGGCGAUCAUUAACGCAACAGUCUGCAGGUGUCGGCAGGGUUUGAUGAGCUAAUAAAGCUGAGCUCGUUCACGCAGCGCUUCCUACUAUAACGCGACACAAGACGUGACAGUAAAGAAAUUAAAUACGAGUUUUGAAUCAUGAUAAACUCACAGAUGGUGAAGAAAGAGGACGCGGUGCCGCGCCUGCAGUUGUUUAAUUGCGCGUACUCUGACUGCGGUGCGACUUUCACGCGCCAGUGGCGUCUGCGGGAGCACGAGAGCACGCACACAGGCGUGAAACCUCACAAGUGUUCGGUCGCAGAAUGUGAACGCAGUUUCUCGCGUGGAUCACACCUGAGGCGGCACGCGCUUCUUCACAACGGCGCCAAAACGUUCAGGUGCACUGCCGCCGACUGCAGUAAAAGCUUCUUCACCGCUGAUAAACUUAAGAGACACGCGUGUUAUAAACACGACACACGCGACUACUUCAAGUGCAACUUUCCACAGUGCGUGAAAACGUUUCGGAAGCGACGAGCGUUGAAGCUACACAAGGCGACGCACGGUUUGUCGAGCUUCAGAUGCUCCAAGGGUCGCUGUGCUAUGAGAUUCGAGUCUCACAUUGCGCUCAAAGCUCACAAGAAAAGACACGCAGGUUAUAGGUGUCCUCACGCUGACUGUGCUGUGAGUGCACACACCUGGGGUAACCUGCUGAAACACAAGUCCACUCAUCCAGUGUCGUUCUCCUGUAUGGCGUGUACGAAGGUGUUCAAGAAGAGGGAGGCUUUGAGGAAACACAAACGCACUCAUGCUCUACAGAAGCCGGUUCUGUUGUGUCCCAGUCAGGGCUGUCAGGCUUAUUUUUCCACCACAUUUAACCUGCAGCAUCACAUUCGAAAGGUUCAUCUCCAGCUGCUCUCGCACCGCUGCACUUUCCCCAGCUGCAGCAAAGCCUUCGCCAUGCGUGAAAGUCUCGGCCGUCACAUGUUACAUCAUGACCCUGAAAUGGCCAAGUUCAAGCAUCGACACACGCGCAGCAGCAAGAGUUGGCAGAAGCGUUUGGAGGGGCAGAACCGUCGUCCUCUGAUUGAAGACGUGAGUCAGCUCUUCUCUUUACGCAUGAACAUCGGUCACAAGGUGAAACGUGAAGCCAAUCUGACGGGUCUCUUCAAUGAGCGCAAGAUCCCGCACCGCGUAGAUCCUGAAGUGAACCUGCGAGAUCUCUUCAGCAUCAAACCGCCUCAAACCAAACCGGCUGAAAGAAAAUGAAUCGAGCACUAACACCAGGUUUUCAACACAUGCUAAUGUGGAUCAUUUGAGUUUCUGUAUGAUGAAAAUAAUGGUUGAAGACUUUCUGUUGAAGAAUAUUUCAGUUAUGUACGGUACAUGAAUACAGCUUUUCUUUAUAAAAUGGAUUUGUUUGUUUUUCUUCAAUUGCAUUAUGGCUGAAUGCUAAUAAACCGUUUUUUGUCAGUUUCUCUUGUCUGUGUUGAUGUUUGCGGGGAUAUUUUGAACAAUGACUUGUAUAGAAGGUUCUUUUUGCUGUUAAGCUCCCGAAAUGUUAAAUUAUUCUACUUUCUAUUUCUGCUUCGGAGUUGAGUGUUUUGCUCAGAGGAUUUGUACAAUCUUUUGUGUGGUUUGGGGAUGAACGUGUUUGUCAGUGUGACUGACGGAAGGUGUUUCUCAGACGCAAAUGUUUGCACAAAGAAUGUAAAAGACUGUUGCAUUCUGGAAGACAAUGACAGUUUGAUUAACCUGACCCAUGUGACGUGAGUUUUUUUGUGUAAAUCGGAUGUUCUGAGGUAUCUGUAGUUGUGUUGUGCUGCAGAUGAUGCUGGUGAAUGUCUGACCGUAGAGAUGACUUCAUGAGCACAAUUCCUGGCCUACUUUACUGUCCUCAUUACUAAAUUCUCUCUCAGAAAGAGGACGGACGGACAGAAAUAGAGAAGUACGUCAGUGACUGUAUACAGUAAAUGAGGCUGAAGUACAUAUCCACCACAAUGAGUUUGAAUGAUGGAGGUCGUGAAUGACUUGUUUAGAACCAGAUAGUGUGUUUGAAUUCAGGUGGUUUUAUAGUGUUCGAAUAUGAAGUGUUACACGUAUAACACGUGAUUUACGGUUGUAAGAGUGACACUACACUUAUAAAAU